AUGGAAAGAGGAAGCCACACAUUUGUGAAGAACGAGCCACGAGACUUCACACUGCUCUUCUUCAGCGGUGAAUUUGAGAACGACGAGCUCUUUGACGGCGUCUUUGAUGGAUGCAACUUGGAAUUCAACAAGUUUCUGCUCCAUGGGAGAGCUGAGACAGUCCCAUUUUCAGUCUACAAAAUUGAUAAAAAUGGAAGAAUAUCCCAUAUAGGGAAUACCAGUAAUAAUAUGGUAGUAUUUGAUAGUGACCUCAGGUACAAAUAG